AUAAACCACAGUAUUUAUCUUUCAGGUCUCUGUGCAACCUUUGUUCCUUGCAUCCUGGGCUGUAGAGUGGCUCAGAAGAAUGGGGACAGUUGCUGCGUUCCCUGUCUUCCUGGUGCCAUGAUUGCUCUGAGGACCAGUAUCCGUGGCAAAUACCACAUCGAAGGUUCAGUGUGUGACGACUGGCUGGUCAUGUCCUGCGUGCCUUUCUGUGGACUGUGUCAGAUGGCCCGAGAACAGAAGAUGAGGGGACAGUGAAAGGGACCCGUAUCAGAUUUCGACUGCAAAGCGAGGGCGCCAAUGAAAUGUCAUUUUGUGGCCCAAUUACAUUGUUUUACAUUUCAACAAGUAUUGCAAUCUGCUUUGAAUAUAUACGACAGAUCAAAAUUGACACUAAAAGGAAAACUAUAAAAUAUAUAACAGACUGUACCACUAUUGUUAAAAAAGACUGCACUGGUGAUUUGUUUCACGUACUGUAGUAUUUUCUAGGUUUAAAGAAGUCAGGAAAAUUUAAAGUUUAAGUAACUUUUCUUAGAUCUGGAAAAUUUGCAUUUUUACGAAUACUAAUAAUGCAAACUAAUUACUCGCAGAAUGUUAGUUCUAGUAGUAAUACCUCAAAAUUAAUACAAUUUGUAACUAUUGGAAUCUAUGUAGUACCCCAAUGCUAUAUUGUACUUUAUGUCUGCCUCCAGUUAGAAACCAUCCACUCAAUCUCCAUUUGCCAAAUAUCCACGUACAAAAGGUUCCAUUUGUGUAGUUACUUAUAUUAUUAUUGCAUUGUUGCAUAGAUUUUUUUUUAAGCAAUUAAGGAAAAUAAAAUGUAUAUGUGUAUAGAAUGUAUUGGGACCAGACAGUGGAGUAUAAGAAAAUUAUUGGUGUUAAAACAGAAAAAACACUUGCAGCUCUUUGGAAAAAAUGUAAGUAUAUU